UGGAGACAUAAGGUACUUUACAAAAUACAUAGGACUAAACUGAAUUUUAACUCCUACCCAUAAAUACAGUAAGUAUAGUAGACAUGCUUUUUGGAUAAUCAACACAGUAUAUAAGUUUCAUUUUUACUCUCAUCUCAACACAUAUCUUGUUACCUCUAUAUAAGUAGACCAAGUUAUAGACAGCAAUUUGAAGCAUCCCAACUAAUAGAGCUAUGGCCGGCAGAGAGGCCGUCACAGUACUGAUGGUUCCUCUUCCGGCGCAGGGGCACCUGAACCCGCUCCUCCAUCUCGCCCGCCUAAUCGCAUCGUACAACAUUCCGGUCCAUUAUGUCAGCACCCCGCCCCACAUUCGCCAGGCAAAGCUUCGGGUCCAUGGAUGGGAUCCAGACUCCAGUUCCAACCUUCAUUUCCACGGAUUCCCCGUCCCUCCCCAUGAAACACCCCCACCCGACCCGACUGCCUCCAUCAAGUUCCCAACCCAUUUAGUUCCCGCGGUACUGGCUGCGUCGGCUCAUCUUCGGGAACCCGUUUCUCAACUCAUGAAAACAUUGUCCGACACAACACAAAGGUUAGUCGUCAUUCAUGAUUCCUUGAUAGCCUAUGUUAUCCAAGACAUUGGUCUGAUUCCCAACGCGGAAUCCUACUGCUUCUCCGUGUACUCCGCGUUCUUUACCUACUCUUUUGCGUGGGGACUUGGCGGGAAACCCGAAGGGGUUCCUGAACUCCAACUCCUCAAAACUCUGCCAAACCUCAGUUUCCCACAAGAUUUCUUAAAAUUCAUGCUUUUACAACUUGGAACCAAAAUAACCAGCUCCGGCACCCUCCUCAAUUCCUGCGCCGCGAUAGACGGCCCGUUUCUUGACUACCGUUGUAAGUUUAAGAGUUUCGGGUCGGAAAAGUUUUGGGCUGUUGGUCCGUUGCAUCCCGUUCGUCAUGAUGAAGCCGAUCAAGGAGGGCCACGAGGGAGACAUUACUGUCUUGACUGGCUCGAUAAGCAAGCUCCCAACUCGGUUUUGUUCGUGGCAUUUGGUUCUUCCAUUACGUUUUCAGAUGAAGAGAUCAAGGAGAUGGCGAUAGGGUUGGAGAAAAGCGAGCAAAAGUUUGUAUGGGUUCUUAGGGAUGCGGAUAAAGGGGAUUUGUUUAAAGACGACGCCGGUGGCGGUGAUCAGGUUAAACAAGAAGUAAGGCAAGUUCAAUGGCUAGAAGGGUUUGAGAGUAGAAUUAAGGAAACGAACAAAGGGAUAAUUGUGAGGGAUUGGGCGCCUCAGUUGGAAAUUCUUUCACAUUCAUCAACUGGUGGAUUCUUGAGUCCCUGUGGAUGGAAUUCGUGCAUGGAAACCCUUAGCCACGGCGUCCCGGUCAUUGCUUGGCCCAUGCAUACAGAGCAGCCCAUAAAUGCUGUGUUAUUGACAAAGGUUUUGAAAGUUGGUCUUCCCAUCCUACCAGAAUUUUCAUCAUCGGAUCCUCAAAAUGAAGAAACUCAGAUAAAAUCGAAAGAUAUUGAAAAUGCUGUGAGAACGCUGAUGGAUUCUGAGGAGGGAGACCAGAUGAGGCAAAGGGCACAACAAGUGAGUACAGCAUUGAAAGCAUCUCUCAUGGACAAUGGAACUCCAUUGGGGGUGGACUCUUUUGUUUCUCACAUUCGCAGAUAAUUUCCAACACAAAGAGUACUGUCUUUUGUGUGUUAUAUUAUCUUAAUUAAUUCAACCCACAAAACUCUUAUUUUCAGACCCCCACCUAUUUGUUUGUCAAAUCUCAAUGUUUGUCAUUUUCUAUCUUUUUUGUUAAAUUUUUCUUUCUAUGUUUUUAAAUCAGUUUCUCUGUUGAGAAAGUGAGGGGAAUUCCGGUCAGCAAUUAAGUUGAUCCUGAGUUUAUCUGUUCUCAAUGAUUUAUGUUAGAGUAUUAUACACUAAUUUUUUCUGUUGUUUUUCUUUUCACCUGAA